AUGAAAAUUGAAUUGUGUCGGUUCUUGAAUCACAAGAAAGAUACUCGCCUUGAGUUUCUACUAGAGAGCUUUUCACGAUGCUAUUGUGGAAGGCGUGUUGUUUAUGUUGAAGGCAUUGAGUUUCAAGCCAUUAAUAAUGUGAAACAUGAUGAAGAAAUCAAGGUAUUAAAAGAAACCCAACAAGUAUUGAAAUCAAACUCGAACGUGGACCAGGUGCAACAGUUGCUACCUACUUCUGAAGAAGUUGAAAAGGUAAUCUCGUUGAAGGAAAAGAACAAAAAGAAGCAUUAUAUGCUUUUGGCAAAGGAGGCUCUUUACGAAUCUUCCAAUGCGAAGCUUUUUAAUUCCAUAGACUCAACCCAGUCCAGAUCCCAAGAAGAGGUGCUUGAGCUCAUAAGUCAACAAGUAUUUCGUAUCAAGUGCAAGAUAGAAAGUCAAAGAUUGUCACCAGAUACAGAAUACACAUGUUCCCUUGUGUUCAGGCUUUCAGAAAACUGUCUUGGUUUGCAUUGCCCAGUAAUAGUGCGAGAAUUAUCUCACCGAAAAAAGAAAAACACAAGAAUUAUUUAUUUUAGAUCCCCAAGCCUAUGCAAUGUCAAUGAUAGUGAUCAGGUUCCAGAAGAGAGGGAAGACGGAUGGAUGGAGGUCAAUGUGUGGCAAUUUAACUCAAGUAAUAAGCUUCGAGAUGAUUGUGUUUCUAUCAAUUUGAAGCUCAUAAGUUAUGAAGGAACUAUGUCCGGCCUCAUUAUAAGCAACCUCGAGUUUCGACCGAUAUAA